AGUCAACAGUCUUUGUGUCCUCUAGCUGCGACAAGUGCAUGUAUUUAUUUAUUGAAAAUUCAAUGGUUAGGACUACAAUACGGGAGUUGUUGAUAUUGGACUGUGUACCCAGUGUAUGAUUUUAUCUGCUUCUAUAGUUAUAUAUCACACGCAUAGUAGUAAUUUACUGAAAGCAUGAACCAAAAGUGAAUGAACUGCACAUCGAAGCAGACCCAGCAGUCAAGGAUAUUUACAUUGUCUUUUGGAUAUAUAUAUCUUAAACCUGAUUAGCUAUUGUCAGCUUAUCGUUGAUUUGUCAACUCUGUAAAUGGAAAAGGAUUUCAGUUUCUAUUUCGCCAAAUCCCUGCAUUUGCUUUCAUUACUUUCACUUUAACGGUGCAGAACGGGAGAGAUAAUGAAAGUAAAGUUACUGCAGACAUUAACACUAAAACAUGCUUAUCACCUCUCCAAUGGAGGAAGUGGAUUAGCAGCCUUAAUGGACCUUUGUAUAUAAGUGCCGCUGCUUCUCUGGAGUCUCUGAUAUGUGUGGAGUCUGUCAGCUUGACUUUGCAUCUUCAGUGUGACAGAGGCAAGAAAACUGGGUUACAGUUUAAUCAUAUAUACACCAUAAAAGUUUUAUGUGUGGCUUAUUUGUUGGUGCAGACAGUCAUGCAAUCUGCUCAUCACGGCUUGCAAUGAUUGAAAGUUACACAGAUUGGGCACAAAUUUCUAUGAAAAGGUAUGUUCCGUAAGAAACUAGAAGGAAUAGAUGUUGGUGGGCCAGGGCCAAAACGGGGCAAAAGUUCGCUGUUCUGUUGUUGUGUUCAGAAAUCACCUUCAUAUUGCGAUUCACUGACAACAAAUAAACAGGGAUCGGGAAGCAAUGAAAACACUGAGGGGACCCAUGUGACCCCUGAUCUCACCGAGGGAUCUCAAGUAACCCUUGACCCCAAAGAUGAUCCAGAUGGAAACCGGAAAUUGACAAAUGGGUCAUGUAAGGUCAAGGACAAAAGCAAAGAAAGUAAUGCCUAUGCCUAUGAUGACACCAGCUCUUCCAGUGACAGUGAUGAUGAAGUUCUGAAGCGUUACCAGGAAACUCUGAAGCAUAGAAACAGCAUACAUCGCUCUGACACGAAGCAUAGUGUGGCCAACUCCAAUAACAGUCAUACAGGGACAAGGAAGAAAAGUAGAACUUUUGAGAGUCAGGCUUCAUUGAUCAAAGAAAAGGAGACCCCCAGCCCCGGGGUUUUGUCCAGUGGUGAGGAAGAUGGGGGUACAGUGAGUCCUGAGAGGGUCAGGCCAGACGUAGCUCAGGGUGAGGUGAGGGGGUCCCAGGAGUCCCUUACCCCCUCUAACACAGGGUCACAGCAGCAGCUGGUGUUUGAGAACAGGGCGUACGACCAGGAGGAGAAGAUGUCGUCCACAGAGGAGGGGUUGUCUGUACGCAGCGAGAGCUUGUUACCGGGGGCAGAGGAUGAUGAGCAUCUGUUUGAUGUGAGUGACAUGGACAGAGAGGAACCCUCGCUGAUCUCUAAAUGUGGGAGCCUGGAGAUGACCUUCAAGUACGACCCCAAUAAGGCCAAGAUGGCCAUCACGAUCCACCAGGCUCAGGAUAUUCCCAGUAAGGAGAGGGGCGGGGCCAGCAGUACACAGGUCAGGAUCAUGCUACUCCCCACCAAGAAACAGCGCUACAAAACCAAGGUCAAAACAGGCGAAAACCCCGUCUUCAAUGAGAACUUUGUCUUCAACAAAAUUCCACAGGAGGAAGUUUAUGAAAUGGGAAUGCGAAUCCGUUUAUAUGGAAUGGAGAGGAUGCGUAGAGAACGCAUGAUUGGAGAGACAAUUAUUGGAUUCGCUUCACUGAACCUUGACGUAACUUCUACACAUUGGAUCAUUCUGGAGCCCAGAAGUAACCUUAGUGCAGGAGACUCGAGAUUUGACGUCUCAAGUCUAUCUCGCAGUGACAGCGCUUCGUCCACUCAGUCCAUGCAGCAUGGAGGAAUGCCCGAGCUCUUACUGGGUCUGUCUUAUAAUGGGACAACAGGACGACUACAGGUGGAGGUCAUCAAGGGAAGUAACUUCAAGAAUAUGGCCAUGACUCGACCACCAGUGCUGCUAAAAUCUUCAGCUCAGAAUGUAAAAAAGCUAGAUACAUACGUGAAAUUGACCUUGAUGUCCCCCACUGGACAGGAAGUGGCCCGGAGUAAGACGUCCGUUCGACGUGGUCAGCCAAACCCGCUAUUUAAGGAAGCCUUCAUGUUCCAGGUGGCGUUGUUUCAGUUGGCGGAGGUCACGCUGAUGGUGUCUGUGUAUAACAAGCGUAGCAUGAAGAAAAAGGACAUGAUUGGAUGGUUUGCUUUGGGUCUAAACAGUAGUGGGGAGGAGGAACAGUCUCACUGGACAGACAUGAGAGAAUCCAAGGGGGACCAGGUAUGUCGCUGGCAUAUACUUCUGGAGUCUUAAUCAGGACUUAGGGGCACUAAGUUCUGUCAGUAGCACAUACUUUUGGAGUCCCAGGACUUAGGGGAACAGAAACAUUGGUCUGCGUCAGAUUGGAGAAAUAAACUGGAUGAAGACAUCUAACUGCAUCCAUUUUUUGUGCUCACCUACUUGUACUUGUUAAAUUUAUGAUGUAUGGUUAUGGUUGACUACUAAUCAUGUUCAGUUUUAGUUAGAAUAUUUUUAGUUGAUAAGAUGAUGUACUUACAUUGAAAGAAAGCUCUGUAUGAUAUUACUUAAAAAAUAUUCUAUUAUGCUAAUAUUUACUUUAUGGUAAAUUCUUUUUUGCUGUGAAAAAUAAAAUGAUAAUCCUUCAGAAAAGACCAAAGAAUCUCAGAGGUAAAGAAAUAUGUGUUCAUAUUGUAUUUUUUAUUUUACAUUUCUAUCUUUACCCAUCUUACAUUUUUUUAAAAUUAAUAUUUUUAAUUGUAAUUUCAUCUUCACAUUAAUUGGUGUCCACUUUCAUUAGAAUUUCCUUCUUGUUUUCAAGUCAGCAGUAUUAUCUCGGCUACAGUGUAUUGAUGACAAUUGUUGUAUAUCUUCGUAUAUUUCUGUACUUAACAAUGUCCCCUUUCCUAAUACUCUAGCAUGCUUAAUCAUGAUGUUUGGUCCAAUUUGUAUUUUAAGAAUCAUAAUGAUAUAUCUACCUACCAUAACUUAAUUUCAUCUUAGGGGUUGAUGAUGUUUUAAGUUGUCUAAAAAAUACUUGUUAUGAUGAAGUUAUGUAUUUUGUUUAUUUUUAAGACAAGUUAUUGUUGUACUAAAAGUUUUGACUUUGUCUGUUUGUUUGUUAUUUCACUGGUUGUAUGUGAUACAUGUAUGUAUACAAUGUAAAUCCUGAAAUCCAAAUUCUCUUUACCUCCAUUAAUCGUUUUGUUAUAUUAUUUUCCUUUAUUCUUGCUGUUUUCUUUCUUUGCAGAGGCCCUUUUUUGUUGUUGUUUUCUUUUUAAUUUGUUAAUUUACUUUUUUAAAAAAAGAUAUUAACAAAAAAAAAACUGUUAGAAACUGUGUUUAGAAUCUUUUUUAUUAAUUGAAUUAAUCUUCAAGUAUUAUUGAUAAGUUUCAGAUGAGUUCGUCUUUGAGAGAUAUAGUACUACAUUGGCAUAAUAUUUGUGUAAUCUCCCUUUAUUAGGAAUGGAGAAUUGUACAUUUAUCUGACCCUUAAAAAUUAGUAUUUUUUCUGAAUAUUUUUAGAGGGUAAAAGGCUAGAAAUAUUUUGCUUGAUUUUUGUUUCGAAAGAAUCGUAAAAAUAUUCAGAUUCAUAUUUUAAAUUUUCAUUAGAAAAAUGUCCCAUAUUUUGCAUAUUUGAUCACACCAUUCCGUUGUUCCAAGUUUUGCAUAAUAAUAUACAUUGUAUUACCAAUUAUGUUACGCAUUCUUUAUAGAUACGUUUAUUUAUACAUUCCUUAUAUUAUCUGUUAUAUCUUUGUUAGUUAUAAAAAAUGUAUUAUUUUUUGUUACAGGUAAUUAUAUAGUGCAAAUAUUGUUUUUAAUUUUGGUUGUGAAUAUAUCUUUUUUGUGGCAGGGUUGUUCACAGUUGUUACUUAAAUCUUAGAAUAGUUGGUUAAGGUGAAAGUACCACUUAUUUUCAGAAAUGUCAAAUUUCAUUCCUAUUAUAUAAUUAGAACAAUUUUUUACAUUUACAAAAAGAUUUCAAAUAUUAACUUCAGUAUCUUUGAUCAAUUUGAGUGGUAAAAUUGAAAAUUGACAGCACAGAUAUUGUAUGUGAAAGGUGCUGAUUAUUCAGUUAAUAAUACUGUGCACAUUUGUACCAGGGUAUUGUCAUUCCUAGGGUUUGCAGUAAAUAAUAUUUCAUUCAUAAAUUGUUCAUGCAGAACUGAUAACAAUAUUAAAUGGAAUAUUCAAUAAAGUUUGAAAAAGCAA